CAACUUGUCCAUUUAAUUGCCCAUAAUUGAUUGCUAAUCAAUAUGAGCCCGUUUUAUAGUCCCAUUUUCAGCAUUUUUCAACCAGCGAGAUCAAUGGCAACCCCAGCAGCGCCGUCCGACGCCGUGCCGCCUCCGGCCCCUGCCAAUGCGUACGCCGCCGCAGCCGCAGACUCGAGUCUGCCCAAGAUCUACCCGAAGCCAGUGACUGUUCUGGUGAUCGGCAUGGCCGGUAGUGGCAAGACGACGCUCAUGCAGCGACUUGCGGCGUAUGGCGUGGACUCGGGACUGCGCAACUACAUUAUCAACCUGGAUCCAGCGGUGCGAAAGACGGGCUAUACAGCCAACGUGGACAUCCGUGACACAGUGGACUACAAGCAGGUUAUGACCGAGUACGGGCUAGGUCCCAACGGCGCCAUCAUGACGUCGCUCAACCUCUUCGCGACACGCUUCGACCAGGUCAUCGACCUGCUCGGGAAGCGUAGCAGCGAUCUCGACUACGCCAUUGUGGACACACCGGGGCAGAUUGAGGCGUUCACGUGGUCUGCGUCAGGCCAGAUAAUCACUGAGUCGCUGGCGUCCACGUUCCCGUCCGUAAUCGUGUAUGUGGUGGAUACACCGCGCACGGCCAGUCCCAACACGUUCAUGUCCAACAUGCUGUACGCGUGCAGCAUCCUGUACAAGUUGAAGCUGCCGUUCGUGGUGGUGUUCAACAAGAUCGACGUGAUGCGUCACGACUUCGCCACCGAGUGGAUGACGGACUUCGAGGCUUUUCAGACGGCGCUGGACGAGGUGCAGGACGACAGCUACAUGGGCAGUCUGUCGCGCUCCUUGAGUCUCGUGCUUGAGGAGUUCUACAACAACCUCACGUCCGUCGGCGUGUCAGCCGCUACAGGCGAAGGGAUGCCGGAGUUCUUCGCCGCUAUCGAUGAAGCUGCCAAGCAGUACGAGAACGAGUACCUCCCGGACCUUUUGGAGCGUAUUAAGCAGAAACAACAGAAGCAACACGAGCAGGAGGAGGCCACACUUUCCAACGUCAUGCAAGACAUGGAGAUCUCGGCCCACCGCGACGAAGACCUGCCUGCUGACAGUGCACCGGCUGCUAACGUCGCCGGCGAACGUACUGAUCUGUAAUUUUCUCAAACAUUCAUGACUUCCUAGAUGCACUUUUUUUUCUAUGUGCUUGGCUACGUAAGUAAUUUUGAUAUUCUUGUCUGACUACGUUGACGUCAAAAGUGGCGUGCACCACAUGAAACAGACGACUUCUUCCAGUUUUCAAUUAGCCC